AUGAAAGCCACAACAGCUCUUUUCGCGCUCGCCACCGUCGUCAGCGCGGUCGAUAUGGCACCUUACAAGCCCGACGCAGACGUUGACGCAGGCUUCACGAAAUUCGUCGAAGAAUACUACCGCAUAUCGGAAGACAAAACAGCAACAACGUCAUUCACGAACUUCUGGCCAGCAGACGGCCAACUCGUCAUCGCGGGCCGCACGUUCUCCGGCUCCGCGGCCAUCCUGGGCGUCAAGCAGUCCCUCCUCCCGCCCGCCGGCAACAAGUCCUGGUGGCACCUCAUCCGUGGCGCGUCGGUGGCGGGUGAGUCUGAUGACUCCAAGACUUUCGUCGCGAACAUUGUUAUCCAGACGACGUAUGUCGGAGGUAACUGUUCAGAGGCUUACGGCAACGCGAGCUUCACCGUCCUCAAGGACGCACAGGGUUCCCCGAGGUUGGAGCCGCACUCCGAGAGCCUGAGGUUGUACAACCUCACCGUCUCAACUACGCAGUCGCCCACCGACAUUCCUUGUAGCUUAACAUGA